AUGAGUGUUCUAUCUCAAUCUUACUCAUACGGGACAUCACCGUUCACAUCAACCUCAUUUUCGCAGCGCCUCCAUAUUCAUCUUUUUGGAGGAGCACAGAUACAACAUUCACUUUCGCCCCUAAUAAAUUCCAUUUUCUUCAAACACGCUGGCGCAUCAUGGACCUACGAUCUCUGCGAGACUACCGACCCAGGCCGAUUUCUAGAUGCUGUCUACAGAAGUGAUUUCAUGGGUGCAAGUAUAACCAUGCCGAACAAGAUCAAAUUCAUGUCUUCUGUUGAUGUCAUCACCGAAGAAGCUCGAGCAAUCGGUGCCGUCAAUACUGUCUUUGCUCGACUCAAUGCAUCUGGCAAGCGGAUCCAUGUCGGCACAAACACGGACUGUAUCGGCAUUCACAAGACUCUGACAACAUGUCAACCCGAUAUCGCCCAGACCACAAAAGGUCAGCCAGCACUCGUUGUCGGUGCUGGAGGAGCAUCCCGAAGUGCAAUUUAUGCACUGUGGACUUGGCUUCAGCCAUCUGAGAUAUAUAUUGUGAACCGACUGAAGUCCGAAGUUGAUGAUCUCAUCUCUGAAAUGCAAAAGUCCACACCUGGAAUUAAACUCAGGCACAUCGAAAUGGUCAACGAGGCGCGGAGUAUUCCAACUCCGCAGGUCAUCAUUGGCACCGUUCCCAGCGAGCAGCCAAGAGACCCUGGGGAAGUCCUCGCUUGGGACAUAACUCACGCUUUCCUCAGCCGAAAUGCAAGCAAGGGUACUCUCCUGGAUAUGUGUUACCACCCUCUGCGAACGAGACUGUUAGAUGUAGCUGAGCAGAAAGGCUGGAAAAUCUUGUUUGGGAGUGAGGUUCUGGUCCACAUAGUUGCAGCCCAAAGCACACUCUGGCUUGAGAGAGCGCCGAGUGCAGACGCGGUGCAAGAGGCUCUGAUGGCAGUGCAGUCUCACUCAACAUCUAGAUCAGUAAAGAGUAAUCGACUAUAA